AUGGUCCCACACACGUCCACCACACACAGCUAGUACAACGGAGCGAGAAGAUGACAAUACUAUCACAGCACUGCUGCCGGCCGUGCGGUCACUGUCGUCAGGGAGAGUGUCAAGGAAAGGUGAUAGGGAAUGUCCGGACCCAGCAAGGACAUUCAAUUGUCAUGUAAAACUCAUUAUUAUAGGACAAACAACAGAGUCAGGCCCUAUUGAACCGAUAACUUUCAGAGAUUGGUGCACUUUUUCCUGCUGGUAAACUACCUCAAAACAGAAAGGACCAUUUCAGACAAGCUGUGGAAACAAAACAGUUUGUUGCUUUUAACUGCUCGGCCAUGACUCACCACAAAGGACCGAGGAUGGGUGUUUGUGGUCAACUCAAACAAGAUUGAAAAGGUUAAGUGAUACGUGUCUUAAAGAAUAUUGUGAGAUAACCCAGACCUCACUAUGAGGGCGGGUCGAGAGCCAGACCCGGUGGACAGCCACUUUGGGGAGGAGCUUGACAAGGACAUGAAUGCGGUGCAUCUGCGCCAUUUGGCACAGAAAGUCAGAGCUGAAUUUCUGGGUCGUCUUGACGGCCAUCUUGAAGAUCUUUUGGAUAGCUUCGUUGGAGAGGUGGAGAAACAGAGCGAGACUGACUGCAUGUUCCAGGAAACCCAUCAUAAGACUUCAGACAAAGAAUCGAAAACACUAAAGGAAAAGGUGUUCGUUGCCAGGGAGUCUCUCCUAACGCAAUUACUUGUCAACAAGAACAUCAAGACGAUUUAUAACAUAUUCAUUGCCAUGCUGAUUGUAUUCAUAAUGAAUAAAGCUGUGCACGAAUACAGCGAGACCGGAGGUGUGAAGCUAAAUGUGGAGAUGCUGCUGUGGCAGUUUGGUCAGUUCCCCGUCGUCCUCUCAACGUGGUGCGUCAUGAUGAUGUGGACCAUGGUUGUCAACUUUGUCCUGUUCCAGUACUGGGCCAACAACCGCCAUAAAAAACGUCACAUUCCAGACCCGAUAUGGCUGGGCGUGUAUGUGACGUCGCAGCUCAUCAUGGGCGUUUUCCCCAUUUGGUCGGUUGUCAAUCACCAGCUUCCCCCUGCCUCCACCAUCAUCAUCAUUGCAGAGCAACUGCGUCUGUUCAUGAAGCUCCACUCGUUCGUUCGGGAGAACAUUCCAAGGGCACUGAAAUGGAGGCCACCCCACGUUUCAAAUGGUAGUCUGCUUCAACGGAAUGGUCUCAACGGGCGGAACGGUCACGUCCGUACCAACGGCCACAUGAGAAGCAACAGCGAGGGCACUCCCCGCCUCAGGACCCCAGUCAGCGGUAACAGCCCCGCCAGCGCGUCCAGAAUAAGUGACUCUCCUUCCUCACCUUGUCCUGACUUCUCCAAAUUCCUCUACUUUCUCUUUGCCCCAACGCUGAUCUACAGAGAUCAGUAUCCAAGGACACCCAGUAUUAGAUGGAACGUUGUCAACACUAACUUCCUUCAGGUCCUUGGGUGUCUGUUCUACACUUACUAUACCUUUGAGCGAUUCUGCAUUCCGAUCUUCAAAAACUUCAGCCAGGAGACGUUGACCCUCCAGCGCCUGGUGCUGUGCGUCUUCAGCUGUAUGCUGCCCGGUACCCUGGUUCUUGUCCUGGCCUUCUUCGCCAUCCUUCACUCUUGGAUGAACGCCUUCGCAGAGAUGAUGCGUUUUGCCGACAGACAGUUUUACAAAGAUUGGUGGAAUUGCAAGUCUUAUGCCAACUACUACCGCACAUGGAACAUUGUGGUCCAUGACUGGCUGUACACGUACAUCUAUAGAGACUUCCAGCUUCUCCGGAUUAGCAAGAGCAUUUCCAUGAUGGCCGUUUUUGUCAUCUCUGCUUUCGUCCAUGAAUACGUCUUGUCUUUUGCCUUUGGAUUCUUUUACCCGGUACUCAUGUUCCUGUUUGGCGGUGUGGGCUUUCUCUUCAUUUUCAUAACCAGCAAGGGUUCCUCCAACAUCUACAACAUCUUUGUGUGGUUGUCGCUAUUCAUGGGCAAUGGCGUCCUGAUGUGCCUGUACAGCCAAGAGUGGUACGCUCGACAAAACUGUCAAACCACCCCAGAGAUUGUCACAUACUGGGAUUUCUUGGUUGAUUUGACCGUGCCAAAGUCUUUCUUCUGUAACUGGAAACUUUAAGUGGAGCACCAUUUCAGGAGAUGAUGCAAGUAUUUAUAACCAAUGGCCUUUAUAGUGUUUGUGAUGAUGUAUAACGUGGCAGCUAUACGCCCUCCUAAAUCACCCAACAAAGUGUAAUGAUGCCAUUUGUGAUGGUCCAAAGAAAGGUUAAAGGGAACACCAGUCUGGUUCCUUUUCAGCAGCACUUGUCAAUACUGUAUGUGUUUACGGGCACCUAACAAAGACGGUCAAAUCAUUACAAAGAUGCGUAAUAGACUUCACAGAUACAACUGAUGGGACUUGUGUAAGAGUGCAGUUGUUCUGUUAGAGAACAGAGUGGCCCCUGGUCAUUGCCUUGGUGUGCCUUGGUGCUCCUUGAAAUGUUCCAAAAGAAGAAUACAGUUUCCUCACAAAGGGUGCCUUUUAUUGGUAAAAAAAAAGGCCUUGGUGCCCUUGCCCUUUCAAGGGGUGCGUUUUGGCGAUCGUAGCCAAUAACUGUUUUGGUUUAAUCACUGGUCAAUGACUGAAACAACAACCUCGAACGAAGCUUCAGGCCUAGCACUUUGAAGCAAUGGACAUGGAAACCCCAUGUUUCCUCAGAAAAGUUGGAAAACAUUUUGAGACUUGUUGAAGGGUCUAUACCUGGGCCCAACUUCAAAGAGCUGCUCAAGCAGAAAAUAUUGCUUAACAAACUUUCUGCUAAGCAAAACAAUAGCAGGAUACCAGUCCCAAAUUAUAGACGUGACAUUGUGGUUUGGCUGUAUUAACCUGAUUCUGAUGAGAAAUUUGUUGUUGUGCUUAGGUACUUUUUUGCGCUUAAGCUGCUCUUUGAAAUUGGGCCCUGAUUGAAGACCAGUGAUCCUUCUAAGCGGAUUUGGCUGCACGUUAUCAAAAAGACCUUGAAACCUUCUUGACCUAGUCAAGAGAUAAUCUUUGGAGACACCAAGGAUAAGAAAUUAUUUUCAAUUUAAAAGACCUUUAUUUUGCUUUAGAAAAUGGUCCACAGUACUCCUGAAUGUUAGUUUUACUACUACAUCUACCCUUCAACUCAAUGGCACUCUUGGCGUGUGUAAUAUUUUGUAGACAUUGCAAUAUGAGAUUUGUUGGGAUGAAGCUCUUGUGUUAUAGAGAGUACCACUUUACUUGUAUUUAUUUGUUUGUUUUUGUUGUUAUUAUUUUAUCAAAAUAGAGCCUUUGCAUUUUCUUUUCUUUUCUUCCCCCGUUUAUAUUAAGGCAUGCACACAUAACCAAACGCACAUAAUCAAACA